GUUCUCUAUUGGACGAGAGCAACUUCUUGCUUCAAACCGAUUUCAAACAGCCAACGUGCGCGCGUCUGUCUCUCCAGCUUCCGAGCGCCGCCGUCCGCGUCCACACCACUGCGCUUCCGUGGAUCCAAAAUUCCGUCUGUCUCACGUGCUUUGUGAAUAUAAAAGCUCUCUGUUUCCCUUCAUCAUGUGUAGUGUGUCACCAGACAAACGGCGAAAGAUGGAGUCGGCGUUGGAGCAGCUGAAGAAAUACACGGUGGUCGUGGCGGACACCGGAGACUUCAAUGGUAACAGAUUGGAUUGACCCCUAUGGCACUAUCCAAGGCCAGGCAGGCAUUACCUAUACUAGCUCAACACAUUGAUAUAACAUGUUGCAAGGGUUAUAGCUGCGCUAGCUAACGUUACUUAACGUAAUUUUUCAUAAACCUGCUUAGGGUCUCCUCGACUAUUAAUUCCGAUAAACUUCUAAUGACCUGUUUUUAGCUUUGACACUAAUGUUGCUAGCUAGCUGUCUUAUCAUGUCUGCUGGUUUGGCUAAUGAUUAACUUACUGCCUUCUUGGCUAGCUAGUUAUGACCACGGCUCUUGCACGUUUCAUGCAUUACAACUUGUUAGCUAGCUAACUAUGGGAAGAGCUAUAUAGCUCUGGCUAAGGGUUUCUAUUUUCAGGUGUUGUGAGCUAUCAAAUAGGUAUUGCAAUUAAAACAGUGCAUGCACGUUGACGCUGUCACGCCCAACUAGUCAACAUUGGUUCUCCCACGUGACACUAAUAGGUUUAGUUAAAUAACACCUUUUAUGUGAAGAAGAGAACCUAAAAUACCACAUUCAGCAUAGUUGGUUAACUACAUAUGAUUUAUACAAAUGCCAUGUUGACUGCCAUUUGUCACCCAGAUAUUCACAACUGGUUCCUCCAUUGUUUGAAUAAGGAAGUAGUAAUGAUGUAAUCCAAUAGUUAAUUCCAUUGGUGCAAAACCAAACAUUUCCUCAUGCUUGCUCUGCAAGUCACGAUGACAAGACAGAAACGGUCUGCCUACCACAGGGUAAUGUUAACAAGGCUGAAAUGGGGCAAACUGUAAGUGGAUAGGCUUUGAUGACAUGCUGCUUCAGUCAACACAGAAUGUUUAAUUUUCUUCUCAGGAUAAGUGAAGGUGCGAUGGAGCUUCACAGAAUUUGAUCUCUGAAUGCAGGGGUCUUUAGAACGGGGUUAUUUUCAAAUGUCUGCUCACUCUAAAGAAAAUACAUUCUUACAGGUUUUCCUGCAACACAGUGUGAUAUCUAUAGGACCAGUCACUCAGUCAAAUAGGCUACUAUGAAUCUGAAGAUUGACCAAUGUAUCAGUGACCUUGCUUCAUGCCUCAGCAGUUCAGUUUUUGGACUGUGGUGAGAGGAACCUCGAUGUAGCCAUAGGCCCAAUUAAUGUUGUGAAAGGGUGCACUUGGCCAAAUCCCAUUGUGAAAGGACCUCACUGGCCAACUCUUGUGAGAUGCGGUGCAGUCAUUGGCCAACUGGUUUGGACAGUGGUUUAAAGACUGUGAAACCUUUUUACUGCAAUACUGAAGGACAGAGUUGAACCCCACCAUUUAGUAUUCUAUGUUGCUCUUCUCAUGGUGCCACAGUCAUUUUACCAGUGGGUCAUGUUCAGUAGGAUUUAAACGGGAGCAAACAUUUAAAAACUUGAUCAAGUUCAAUUAGAAGCUCGCGUCCGGCAUAUUGUGUAUAAUUUUUUUUCUUCUCCAUAUUGCAAAGCCUAAUACUGUUGUCCACCUUAGCUAUGUUAAGUUAUUAUAAAGCUGACUCGUGAUGGCUUUUUUUACAGUAAGUGUGGCCUCAUUGACUAUCUUUUGUUGGCAUGCAGAAUGGUGAACAGCUCAGUAAGUUGUACAAUUCUUCCGUUAUCCCCAAAUGUGAGGGUGUAUAUUUCCUGUCUCUUUCAAUGUAAUAAAUGCGGCAGAUUACAUUGUCACAGAACAUUAUUUCUUGCCAGUUGCUGUCUUUGUUCAAAUGGGGGUGGUUCGUGUAUCUUAUCUUAGGGUUGGUGUCUGUCUCAGUGUAGGCUUACAUGGCUAGACUGUUGAUUAGCUAAGCCUUAUUCCUUCAAGAAAAUACCUCCCCAACAGACAUUAGGGGAGUCCUGUUUUCUGCUGUGAGGAUCACAGAAAGAAACGAUAACAUUGAAACAUUUUGAUGUUUGAACACUUGUGCGUCCAUAAUUUCUCCAAGGAACACACUUUUGCUGUCUUUACCUUCCCUUGAAUGCUGUAAAACCCACACCUGUCAAUCUUCUGUCAAAUAUUCACUGGUUGCAAGCACAAGCUUGUUCAAAUCAAGCAACACCUUUUUCUUGCCCAUGUGAAAUUGGUCAGUGCAUGGAUAAAAGUGCAGCCCCAUACUCUUGCUUAGCCAUGUGGGAAACGCAUGGUUACUCAAGUGUUUAUGCAUGGCAGUCAUCUGGCGUGAAAAACAAUUUGGAGGGUAGUAUGCAAAUUGCAGAAACACUUUAGCCUGAAGUUGCCCUUUUAAUAUGCCAUGUUACUUUGGAACUGCUUUUGUAACUUCUGUAAUUACUGAACUACAUGUGGUAAUUGCAGAUAUGGCACAUGAUCAUUGAACUGUAGUGAAAGGAUGCUGCAAUUUCAGUUUCAAAUUGGGUACAUGUUAUAUAGAAUUCUGAUGUAUUAAUAACUACUUGAUAUUUGUGCGACGUGUAGGCUUAAUCCGAAUAGCUGACCCCCUGGGGUACGCCUCGAGUUCUCAUUGAGCAUUUACACAAUCUUUUUAUUUUUUUUAUUUUUUUAUUUCACCUUUAUUUAACCAGGUAAGCCAGUUGAGAACAGGUUCUCAUUUACAACUGCGACCUGGCCAAGAUAAAGCAAAGUAGUGCAAUAAAAACAACAGAGUUACUGGCUUGACAAUAGCGCAAAAAGUGAAUCUAAAGCUCUUGAUAUGGAGAACAGUGUCUGCAUGUUUUCCACCAAUGUCUUUUCUGACGGCCUGGAUAUUCAAUCUUUCUCAAAAGACCUGCAACAGAUAAUUCAGCUACCAGAAGUUCAUACUGUUCAUUCACAAACCGCUUGUUUUUGGAUAUGCUGUUUUGAAUAGUUAAAAUCACUGUCAUAAUGGCGUUAACAUAGGUGGGAAUGGAUUGCAAAUUGCUGCCUAUGAUGAUAGAAGCAUCCAUAAGAAAGGGCUGGCUAAAAGAGUAGGCUAUUUGAACGGAGUGAGAUAGUUAGAGCCUAGAAUGUUUCCCCCCCCCAGAGAAACACAGGGUGCCUUUGUGCUUCAUUGUGUAGCCUACUCCCUGUCAGUGGCAGAAGCUUGGCCAGCUGGUCUAAAGCCCAUCGACACAGGCCUCCCUCACUAGCUGUCCAGCUGACACAGCACAUCACAACGAUGGGAGGACACUACAGUUUUGAUUAGUAUAACAGGAGAGUUCCCUGAUCUCCGACGUAGGCUAACAAGGCUAUAGUAAAGGCCCUUGCCAGUGCAAAGUAGGGAAAGCAAACCAUUUUUUUGAGUUGUAACUUGAAAAUAAACAAACGUUUUAGCAUUGCAAUGUCUGAGGAACAGGAAAAUGUGGGUUUCAUUCUAAAUACAAAAUGUCACUCUUUCUCCAAUGACACAAUCCGUGAGGCACUCUGCAUUAGCUAUACACCUGGAUAGGAUGCAUGACUGCUAGACUACCUCACAGGCUAAAAGUAUUUAACCUUGAAUGUGUCUUUUGAACAUCGGGUGUCAUUCUUCUACUGCAGUGUGUUGCAGGUAGACGAUAGGCUGUUUUCUCCACCCACCUCUUCCCUCCCAAUGUUCUGCUUUGGUUGAGUGCAGUUGGCUUGUAUGUACAGUAGAGGUCACUGUUGGUUGAGACCGGUGCUUCUGGACCAGUCCAGCGCAAUCUCGUUCUGUCUCCUGUAGAAGUGAAUUUAUUUAAUAUAAGCAAUAUCUGAAUGGACCUUUUCUACUGAAUUAUCUGGGCCGAUGCCAGUUAUUUCACAGCUAAACAGCUCAAGAUAGUAUUGUCCAUUGGUGAAUAAAGAUGUCAUUUGAAGGCUUGUGUGUACCUUGGGACUGAAGGCGCCCGCGUGCUUCUCUGCCGAAACAGUUUGGUUGAGUUCAUGCCAAAUUAUGACGCUUUUUUUGGGACUUCGGUGAGGAUUUCUUUUUCGGCUGGUCGGGCACUUUUUAUUUUUCUCUAUUGGCGAGACUAAGUCUACGCCCCUUAGUAGGUGAUUGGUCAACAGUAGGGAUUCUUCAAUAAAGUAUUUGUCAUUAAACUCUAUUUCAUGCACAUUUUUUCUUUGAGAAAUACUGCACCAAACAGAUGUAAAAUUGCAUGACUAAGAUCUCCUUUGCAAAAACGUCACCUUGUGAAAUCUGUCAUUAAUUUUUUUAUCUUAGAUGAAUUCUGAUUUAUUUUGAGGAAGUGUAUACUGGCUACGGUGUCUCAAUGGACAAACAGUACUAUGGCUGCUUGGAAAAAAGCGAAGGUCUUUUUAAGGGAGUAUUUAAGCACUUGUUCAGCUAAGCGCCAGCUGACCUGAAGCAUGCUGACGCCUUAUCACUGCAUGGUUUGUUUCUGGGAAGCUUCUAGCAGUUCACGUCAUGUUACUGUCUUAAGCGCAAACGUAUGAAUGUCACACUGACGUGUGAGAAACUGGAAUGUCAAGUUGACACUGAGCUAAGUUUACUCCUAGAGAGUAGAGAAGCCUUGACCUUCCAAUCACAACUGGCACAGGGCAGCUCUUCAUUGGCUUGGCUGGGUGUUGAAUGGCACCUUUUAUAGGGUCGGGUUGGUGUCAAUCACCCUGAAUGACACAUUUUCUUGUAAAGUUGGUGCAUUUUGUGAUUGAAUGCGGACUGGUAACCAUCCUUCGACUGUACCUGUAAUGCGGUUUCAACUUUCAAGAGGCGCUAGGCCUUUUCCUCCUCAUGUGAAUCAAUAGCUCUGAAGUAGUUCUAACGUUACCAUGACCACCAGGUGUGAUGUCCCAACAAGAGACUUGAGAAUGUUGCAUAUUGUCUAGUGAGGAUAUGAAUGCCUAGUGUGUUGACUAAUAUACCAUGUGACUAGUUGUGAGCUGCUCUUAACUUGCGUUGUCUCUCUCUCCCACUUCUCUGCGCAGCCAUUGAAGAGUACAAGCCCCAGGAUGCCACCACCAACCCCUCCCUCAUCCUGGCCGCUGCCAAGAUGGCCGCCUACCAGCAUCUGGUCGACCAGGCCAUCAAAUACGGCAUCGCCAAGGGCGGGUAAGAUGGGCACUCGCAAAUGUAUACAACCCCUAUCAUUUCAAUGGCUGGUAAAACACGCUCAAUUGUAAUCAUAUUGCAACUCUGCACUGCUUCUACACUUAUACAGUAGUUCAGUGACUCAACUGACCUCUCCUUUUAAACAAUGGGAUUUUGAGUGAACAAAGCAGGCGUUUGCCAUUGUUUGCUCAAGAUAAGUGUUGUCGACGUAGGUGCGCUGAGGGUGCUGAUCCGUCUGCCUUGCCUCACACAUGCCUGCAAAUUAUACAUGUAUUUCACGGUCGCUUCACCCCGUUGUUAUGAACGUUGUCUUGGUGACUGACAAUCAACUUUGAGGCGUCCAUUAAUUCGACAUUGGCGCUAAUGAUUUAGUCUAAACUACACUAUAGUAAAUAAUGUAAUUUCCAAGCCACUCAAGUAAAUUUGACGGCAUCACAGUUUUGGGGUUUCCUAUUAAUUAUUUGCCUUGUUUAGGAAUGUCAUUGUAUUUCCAAGCCCCUAUAAUGCACUUUAGAGAAUCUUAAUCAGUGCCAAUUGAGAAUGCAUUGAGUAGAACUGACGUGAAAUCCAUUAAUACUGGAAAGUGAAUGAACAUUUCAAGUUCAUUACAGCACAUAAUAAACUGGGUGGUUCGAGCCCUGAAUGCUGAUUGGCUGACAGCUGUGGUAUAUCAGACCGUAUACCACGGUUAUGACAAAACAUUUAUUUUUACUGCUCUAAUUACAUUGGUAACCAGGUUAUAAUAGCAAUAAGGCACCUCGGGUUUGUGGUAUAUGGCUGAUAUGUAGUGUAUUUGGAAAGUAUUCAUACCCCUUUUUCCAAAUUUGUUACGUUACAGCCUCAUUCUAAAAUGGGUUAAGUUCAUUUUUUUCUAAAUCGAUCUACACACAAUAUCACAUAAUGACAAAGCAAAAACAGGUUUUUAUAUAUUUUUGCAAAUGUAUUACAAAUAAAACCGAUACCUUAUUUACAUACGUUUUCAGACCAUUUGCUAUGAGACUCAAAAUUGAGCUCGGGUGCAUCAUGUAUCCAUUGUUCAUCCUUUAUGGUUCUACAACUUGAUUGGAGUCCACCUGUGGUAAAUUCAAUUGAUUUGGAAAGGCACACACCUGUCUAUAUCAGGUCCCACAGUCGACAGUUCAUGUCAGUGCAAAAACCAAGCCACAAGGUCGACGGAAUUGUCUGUCGAGGCACAGAUCUAGGGAAGGGUACCAGAACUUUUCUGCAGCAUUGAAGGUCCCCAAGAACACUGUGGCCUCCAUCAUUCUUAAAUGGAAGGAGUUAGGAACCACCAAGACUCUUCCUAGAGCUGGCCGCUCGGCCAAACUGAGCAAUCAGGGGAGAAGGGCCUUGGUCAGGGUGGUGACCAAGAACCCAAUGGUCACUCUGACAGAGCUCUAGAGUUCCUCUGUGGAGAUGGGAGAACCUUCCAGAAGGACAACCAUCUCUGCAGUUCUCCACCAAUCAGGCCUUUAUGGUAGAGUGGCCAAACAGAAGCCACUCCUCAGUAAAUGGCACAUGACAGCCCGCUUGGCAGAUUCUCUGGUCUGAUGAAACCAAGAUUAAACUCUUUGGCCUGAAUGCCAAGCGUCACGUCUGGAGGAAACCUGGCACCAUCCCUACGGUGAAGCAUGGUGGUGGCAGCAUCAUGCAGUGGGGAUGUUCACCUUCCAACAGUACAACAACCCUAAGCACACAGCCAAGACAACACUAGAGUGGCUUCGGGACAAGUUAGAGUGGCCCAGCCAGAGCCCGGACAUGAACCCGAUCGAACAUCUCUGGAGAGACCUGAAAAUGGCUGUGCAGCAAUGCUCCCCAUCCAACCUGACAGCGCUUGAGAGGAUCUGCAGAGAAGAAUGGGAGAAACUCUCCAAAUACAGGUGUGCCAAGCUUGUAGGGUUAUACCCAAGAAGACUUGAGGCUGUAAUUGCAGCCAAAGGUGCUUCAACAAAGUACUGAGUAAAGGGUCUGAAUACUUAUGUAAAUGUGAUAUUUCUGUUUUUUUUGCAACAAUUUCAAAACCUGUUUUUGCUUAGUCAUUAUGGGGUAUUGUGUGUAGAUUUGGGGGGGGUCUGAAUACUUUCCGAAUGCACUGUGCUAAGGGCUGUAUCCAGGCACUCCGCGUUACGUCGUGCGUAAGCACAGCUCUUAGCCGUGGUAUAUUGGCCAUAUACCACACCCCCUCUGGCCUUAUUGCAUAAACAUACACUAAGUAUACAAAACAUUAUGAACACCUGCUCUUUCCAUGACACAGACUGACCAGGUGAAAGCUAUGAUCCCUUAUUGAUGCCACUUGUUAAAUCCACUUCAAUCAGUGUAGAUGAAGGGGAGUAGACAGGUGAAAUAACAUUUGAAGCCUUGAGACAAUUGAGACAUGGAUUGUGUGUGCCAUUCAGAGGGUGAAUGGGCAAGACCAAAACAUGUGAGUGCCUUUGAAUGGGGUAGGUGCCAGGCGGACCGGUUUGUCAAGAACUGCAAUGGUUCUGGGUUUUUCACGCUCAAGUUUCCCAUGUGUAUCAAGAAUGGUCCACCACCCAAAGGACAUCCAGCCAACCUGACACAACUGUGGGACUCAUUGGAGUCAACACGAGCCAGCAUCCCUGUGGAAAGCUUUUGACACCUUGUCAAGUCCAUGGCCCGACGAAUUGAGGCUGUUCUGAGGGGGGUGCAGCUCAAUAUUUGGAAGGUGUUCCUAAUGUUUGGUAUACUCGGUGUAAGUGAUUUACUUGCUUAAUAUAUAAAGCCUUGGUCUACUGCUGAAAGCUAUGAUCACACUUGUGCUGUGCUUGAGCUAUUGCACCUCACUAGUGUCCUGUUUCUCUGUCCACCAGACCUGAGGAGGAGCAGGUGACCAACACCAUGGACAAGCUGUUUGUGAGCUUCGGCCUGGAGAUCCUCAAGAAGAUCCCAGGCAGGGUUUCCACGGAGGUGGACGCCAGGUACGAGGAAAGCCCCCUGCUCCGCUCGGGCCCACGGGAGCCGGAGUGAUGUGGCUACUCCUGUCUUUUCUACCUAAGUGGCUCAUGGCUUUGUACCUGCCGAUACCAGCUAUCAAUAUGAACGUCUGAACAUAGGAGUUUCAGGGAUUCUUACUUUUGGAGUGAGACAAGACCCAACCCCUCAAAAAAUAGAAUAAUUGAUCAUGCCCACAUGGCUAUGGGGAGGUAAAUGGUUCUUGUGAAAUUGCAGUUGUGGCAAAUAUGUACACUUUAACAAAGUUGUGUUUUUCUGCAUGCCUCAAAUGCAUCCUGGAGCCUUUUUAUAGAUCAGGGUAGCAAAUUGAUCCUUUAACUUGUUGACUCUAAUAUCUGACUGAACAAAGUAUUUGAAGUCCACACAAAAUGGCUCUACCAAAUAGGAAUCAUUCAUAGUGUUAAUAUUUAGAUGAUUGACUAACUCACCCCCCCCCCCUCACCACUUGACAUUAGGCUUUCGUACGAUAAGGAUGAGAUGGUGGCUCGGGCCCUGCGGAUCAUUGCCUUGUAUGAAGAGGCCGGUAUCAAGAAGGACCGUGUUCUCAUCAAGCUCUCCUCCACAUGGGAAGGCAUCCAGGCUGGCAGGUGUGUGUGAGAUGGAGAGGGAGGGAAGGAAAUCAGUCCUCUACCUUUUUAUAGGGGCAUUUCUUCACCUGUCAUCUGGGCCCACUUUUUCAAAAGUUAUCUAACUGCAUUUUGCCUAUCGGAUAGGAUUAAAUGCAUAGAAAUGGAAUGAAUAGAACAAGACUUCCCAUUCAAGUCAAUGAUUUUUUUUCUUCUGUUCUAUUUGUAUGCAUUUAAUCCUAACCGAUAGGCGAAAUCCAGUUAUAACUUUUGAAAAACUGGGCCGAGAUGAUGAAAUGAUGACUACUGUAGCUGUGUAUAUAUGCAGAUCUUGGUGGAAUUUAGAUGAAAACAAACAUGAUAAUAUUAGGUCUUCUGUUGGUACACAGUAAAAAGUGGAAUGUUUUCCAAACAUCCUGUUCUUUUGACUUGGUUUGUUUUGCCAAAACUGGUGUAAUUUGAUAAUACAAAUGGUAAACAGCAAAUGGUUAAAUUUACCUGCUAUGUUCUGUCAGUUUACCUCUUACAUCUAACCUAUACAUUAUUUUGGUGUCAAUCAGUCUCUAUAGGAAAUGUUGGUUUUGACAGCCAUGGAAGCUUAGUGAAGCUCUGCUGUUAAGACUGUGCUUUAAUGUGCCCGACUGAAUGUGUGUACCUGCAGGGAGCUGGAGGAGAAGCACGGGGUUCACUGCAACAUGACCCUGCUGUUCUCCUUCGCCCAGGCAGUGGCCUGCGCCGAGGCCAAGGUCACCCUCAUCUCACCCUUUGUGGGGCGCAUCAUGGACUGGUACAAGGAGAACACGGCCCAGAAGAGCUACGAACCCCAUGAGGACCCAGGUAUGGGCUGACUGAUCCAUCGUUUGAUAGGACAACCGAACACUCAUGCUAGCAACUUUAAGUUGGACUCAACAGUCCCAGACCUUACGAAUAUAAUUAAAUAAGAUGCCUGACGAGUUAGAGGUAUUUAUUGACUUCAUUACUGCUCUGGAGUGGCUUUAUUAACCAUAAACCUCUUUAUUUUAUUAUUCUCUUCACUCAGGUGUGAUCAGUGUGACUAAGAUCUACAACCACUACAAGAAGUAUGACUACACCACGGUGGUGAUGGGAGCUUCCUUCAGGAACACUGGGGAGGUCAAGGCCCUGGCCGGCUGUGACCUGCUUACCAUUUCCCCCAGCCUGCUGGGAGAGCUGAGCAAGGACCACAGCGCCAUCACGCCAAUGCUCACGGUUCAGAAAGGUAAUGGGACUCAUUGCUACCCCUUACCGGACACUAGUAUAAUGAGCUCACACUGCCCCUCCCUAUAACCGUUAGGAAGUGUUAUGAUGAGUUUCUCUGGUAUCGAGUACUUCAGGAUGUAAGAGAAUAGUUAAACCCUUAGAUGGAGAGUUGAUUCAUAGUUAUUUAAUAUUACAGUACUGGAUUCACAUGACAAGCGGUACGGGCGUAGCCUAUUGUCAUCCGAAUGACUUGCAUAGAAAUGCUCUCUGUUUAUAUAAUGCUUUCCGAGCUAAUUCCAUCCAACAGUUGCCAACCAUUAUUGAGUUUCACUCAUCUCUUACAAUAGGAUCCCCCUACAUGGUAUCGUGUGGCACCCUAGCCAGGAUAUUCCAUCAUGUACUCUAAGAUUAGCACAAUUGGCCCCCAAGCUAUCUUGGCACCAACCAGUGACAGCAAUAACCCAUGGCAUAUCCUCAUCCUCUCACUUCUGUACCGCUCAUGAGUUUAAAGACAUUAAGAAAUACUGUAUGAAAAGAUGUUAUAUCAGGAAGGAACAUGUAAAGUGGUCUAUUGAUUUGUAUCUAUGCCAGGCCUGGUUUCAAAUACUCAAAACAUUUUUUUAUGUUGUCAUUGCUUGAUUGCGUUUGCCUGGCUUAAUGAACCAAUAGUCUUAAAACGACAAACCCCGCCCAUAUUGCAGUCUAGAGCGAUCACUAAAGGUAUUUGAAGGGUUUCGAAUAGUGUUUCAUCCCAGGUCUGAUCCAUGCAGGUGUGUCAUUAUAACAUCAAUGCAUAUUCUAAUUGCAAUCUCACUGCACUGCAUCAUGGUUUCAGUGAUACCGUAAAUAUACCAUCAAUGAUGUAAUAGUAUCAAUGGUUUAUCUCAUGGUUGUGACAUCAUAGAUUUACACCUGUUACCUAAGCACAUGGAAUAAGCUCCUUCUUCCAUUUCAACUCUAGGUAGUAUAUUCAGCACACCUACAGCCAUAACACUGUACUGUAAAUGUAAUCUGCAUUCUCCCUCUCUGGCUUAGUUUUGAAUGUCAACAUGCUCCAAGCACCAGACGGGAACAAGGGGCUGAUGUGUGUCAUGCACCAAACGUAAUGUUUUCUCAGUAAUUGACCAUACACAGAAAGCAGAGGUUAAAUAUGUACUGUAUGAAUCAGCACUAUUUCAAGACAAAUAUUUAGGCAACUUUUUUAAAAGCUUUCCACUGAUUUUAACAUAAUUUGAAUUGGUGAGAAUCGUCAUGCAGUUCAAGGAAAGCUGGUAAAAUCGGUGUACUUCAAAGACCCCUUGAGUAGAAUCUGAGCCCCAUAGUUUAACCUCAAAGCAGGUCAAAGACAAGUUAAAAAAUAUAUAUUUUAUUUUUUGUAAAGAUGUUGGUUAGACACCUAAGGAGAACUUGCUGAGGCCACUUGAACAUUGGUUAUGCAAUCACUUAUGAGUAGGAAUGUCUCGUAACCAUCUGUCUAGUCCCAAGAAUUUGAACCUCGAGCCCAACAAAAUAGCUGUACUUCACAAACCUACAGGGCAAAACCAAUUGAUUGCCAUGUAUUUAGGAGCUCCUGUGUAUUUCAAUGCCUGGUUAAUCUGAGGCUUCUCAAAUGUCUUUAAAUUGAUGCUUGUGUCUUCCCCUGGGCCAGGUCUGCAUUAAAAAGGGGUAUAUUUAUCCUGUAUCCCAAUGCAUACAAAUUGUUUCCUUCCUCAUUAAACACCUGAAACCGUUGAUGGGGAAAAUAUGAGAGGUCCUCGAUAGGGAAAAGCAUUCUGGUGGAUUGCAGCCAUAUUACCAGUCCUUCAAAAGCCUGGGGAUGAGGACUGGGACUACGUAAUCACCUUGGACCAAGGAUGAAUAAACUAAAUGCAACUCUUAACAGCUCAAACUCUGUCCCCUGUUUAGCCAAGGCCUGUGAUUUGGAGAAGGUUCACCUGGAUGAGAAGGAAUUCCGCUGGCAACACAAUGAGGACCGCAUGGCUGUGGAGAAGCUCUCUGACGGCAUCCGCAAGUUCGCCGCCGACGCCAUCAAGCUGGAGACUAUGAUCAAGGUGAGACUGGAGCACUGAGGUUGUAAAUGUAUUUCUGAAUUCCCUGUAAAGUAUCAGGAGUUGGAGUAUGGUGCACAUGUGAAGAAAGUGCAUUUAUGAACAGCAACUGUACUGCCCAGUCUUGAACAUUUAAGACUUGUUUGGAACAAAGGAAUGCUGGAAAUUCUGUCAUGGUGUCCUGCUGGCGAUACUUUGACAGUUUAAGUUUACAUCCCCUUGCCUUUUGUUUGUCUGUUCCCUUUUUCAUACGGUUGCUUUCCCCCUCCACAGGAGAAGAUGCUGAACGUGAAGAACGGCCAGUAAAGCGGGACCAGACGUUCAGCCCUCCCCGCAGGAAAUGGUGAUGGUUGUACGACAACCACCACUGGGGGCCCAAGGGACCAAACUCGCCCACCUCCCCUGACCCCAAAGUGGGACCCCCUCAACAACGGAACACCUCGCCACUGUAGGCUUGGAUUGACUAUGAUUUACUGUGUUUUUGUCUUGACUUUGAACGUAGUCAAUGCAGAGAUUGAUUUCAAUUGUUACUCCAGCACUGAUGCAAUGCUCUUUUUGUAAAUUACUGCUACUUGCCCCACUGCAGAUUUGGUCAGAGGAGCGAAUGCACAACGGUCAGGUUCAGUCCAGCCUUUUUUACUCAUCAGUCCUUUUAGCGAUGCUCUAGAAAAACAACUUCAAACUGUAACAAUUAUGAACAUUCCUCAGGAAAUUAUAAAAAAAUAAUGAUUUAACGGUUUCACCAAUUAAAGUCUUUCCUCAGUGAA